AUGGAGGGAGAUGAUUGGACAUUCAGGCUUAAUUUUACGAGCGAGGGAGUGGUGAGGCUUCGUGAGCAAGUCACGGAGAAACUCAAGGAGUUCAUGGGCGACUACACUGAUGACACUCUUGUGGAGUAUGUUAUAGUCUUGCUAAAAAAUGGAAGGCGUAAGGAUGAAGCAAAGAAUGAGUUGAAUGUAUUUUUGGGAGAUGACAGUGACUCUUUUGUAUCUUGGCUGUGGGAUCAUUUGGUAUCAAAUCUUGAUUUAUAUGUGCAACCACUGGAACCUCAUCCAAAUAUAGUCCCCAAAAUAAAAUCCACAAUUGGGGAGCAGGUUGGAAGAAAUGAUUUGCAUCAGAUCAAGUCUACAGGAGAGAAUGAAAAUACUAGUAAAACACCUAGAAACCGUCACAAACGGGAGUGGAAAACGUCGAGGGAUGAAGAUCAAGUACCCCCUCUUAGAAGCUCUGUGAUAACCAGUGUGAAUGCCGAUGAAGAACCUCAACGAGAACUUCGUCACACAAAACGAUCUCUUUCUCCACAGCUGAAAAUUCAGAAAAAACGAAGACGUCCUGAGGAGAGAGAACUGAAAAAGGAAGAAGUUUCUCAGGCAUCCAGUGAUGCGCCACGGAGGCUACUGCAAUUUGCAGUAAGAGAUGCUGUUGCUACUUCUAGGCCAUCCAAUUCAACUGCUGAGCCUUCUCUUAAACGCCUCCGAUCAGUAAUUUCUACAUCGACAGGGGACUCAUCCCUUGAAGCAGGCUAUCAGAGAAUUCGAUCUGUAGCAGGCGUGCGUACUGCCAUGUCCACUGCUAUUAAAGCCGUUGCAGAAGCUGCAAAAGAUGUAAGCAGAGUUAGAUCCUCGGGCAAUGUGUUUGAUAGGCUUGGUCGUUCUACUGAUGAUUUGGAUGCCUCUGACCAUGUAGAAGAGUAUAGAGAAGGCACUACUGAAAAUAGAGAAGGUGGGGCUUUUAGUGAUGUAAUGGAGGACAUUCAUUCUGCUUACAUUCAGAGAAAUGACUUUUCUAGACGGUAUGAAGGAAAUGUGUCAUCUUUCCGAAGUGAGAGAAUUAUCACUUCUGAUUCAGCAUAUAGUGAUGAAGGUUAUGAUAUCCGUAAAACAAUGGAUAUAACUCGGCCAGGCACUUCUCGUGGAAAUAGGGGUGAUCACUCUUUAGUUGUUCACUAUGGUUCUUCUAAUGAUGCAGAUGAAAUAGUGGGUAUAACACAUAAAAAUCAGGAUCAGACUGAAACCAUGCCCAAUAUAGCUCAUAAAGUUGUUAGUUCAUCUGUAAAAGUGAAUCUCUGGAAACCUCCUAAUUAUCAGGAGAUGCAGUUGAUGAAGGAGAACAACAAUCUGACAGUAUCUGUUAAUGGAAGAAAUGUGAAAGUCCAUACAGAUCUGCAAAAGGAGUCACUUAAGAGUCAGACAUUGACACCUGGUUUAAAUUCUAUUGGUGCACCCUGGGAAGAUGCUGAUUCUCGAACUAUCUUUGUUAGCAAUGUUCAUUUUGCUGCCACUAAGGACAGCCUUUCACGGCACUUUAAUAAGUUCGGAGAAGUCCUAAAAGUGAUAAUUUUGAACGAUCCAGCUUCAGGGCAGCCAAAAGGGUCAGCUUAUAUAGAGUUCAUGAAGAAAGAAUCAGCUGAGCUUGCUCUAUCUUUGGAUGGCACCUCAUUUAUGUCACGCAUUCUCAAGAUAGCAAGGAAAAGCUCUGUUCAACCUGAAAAUGCAUCAGUCAUGACUUGGCCUCGUAUUAGUAGAGCAUCCCCGUUUCCAAUUCCUAGAUUUAGCAGAGUUCCUUUUGCAAGAGGCAUUCCCAACGUAUACAGGGCUCGUGUGCCAAUCAAGCCAGGUGCAAGGAGUUUUCAGUGGAAGCGAGAUGCUCAGUCCACUGCAACUGAGAUGUUGGGUAAAAAUGGAAAUAGUGUUGUUUCAUCACCCACUACUCGAAGCCUAACGACAGAAUUGGCUAUUUUGGUUGGUCAGAGACAUCAGGACAUCAGUCAUGUUGGGAGAUGGGCUUUGUGGGUUGAAGUUGAAGAGAAUUCCUGUUCUUCCGGCUUUACUUUCACCUAUGGAUCCAACUGUUGGACCACUGUGGAUGUGGGGAUUGGCUAUGGCUUUGUGGACAUGAACCCAUCCCUGAUACCAGACGACAGCUUUAUUUCUCCCAUGAGUAGAUAUGUAGUCUCAGAGAGUUAA